CAAGAUGGCGGCAUCGUCGAUGCGGCUGAAGCGUAGCUACGCUGUGUUUUGGCGUAAACCGUCGGGCACUUAUGAGUGUAACACCGGUGUUUGAGCUGGUGUGAUGGAGUUUCGCUGACUGCUAUUCAGUGACGCUUCGUGACUUUUGCAGUGACCGUGUCGCAGCGCAGCGGUGUCCACCUGGAGCUCCGAGCCGGGCGUCAUGGGGGAUAACAUUAUUAUCAGGGUGCAGUCCCCAGAUGGGAUGAAGAAAAUUCCCUCCACCAAGAGGGAGACAGCGGCUACUUUUCUGAAAAAGGUGGCCAAAGAGUUUGGGUUCAAUUCCAACGGGUUCUCUGUUUAUAUAAACCGCAACAAGACCGGAGAAGUUCUGUCCCAGAACAAAUCCCUCAACCUGCUAAAGAUCAAGCAUGGGGACAUGUUGUUUCUGUUCCCCUCUGCAACCUCUUCUUCUUCAGGGGAGGUAAUGGACACGGCGACGCCACACACAUCUUCAUCCCUGCCGUCCAUCUCGUCCUCUUCUUCAUCCUCGUCUUCGUCCUCAUUGAUCCCUCGGUCCUCCUCGGCACCACAGGUACAGGAGGACCAGAUCGAUCAGUAUCUGGCCAAACAAGACGGCAAGAUCUACAGGAACAGAGACCCACAGCUAUGUCGUCACGGUGCCCUUGGAAAAUGUGUGCACUGUGUACCGCUAGAGCCUUUUGACGAAGACUAUCUGAACCACCUCGACCCACCGGUGAAGCACAUGUCAUUCCACGCGUACCUUCGCAAGCUGACCGGUGGAGCUGACAAAGGGAAGUUUGCAGCUUUGGAGAACAUCAGCUGUAAGAUAAAGUCAGGAUGUGAGGGUCAUCCUCCCUGGCCUGAGGGGAUCUGCACCAAGUGCCAGCCCAGUGCCAUCACUCUGAACAGACAGAAAUACAGACAUGUAGACAACAUCAUGUUUGAGAACCACACCAUCGCCGACCGAUUCCUGGACUUCUGGAGGAAAACAGGCAGUCAGAGGAUGGGCUACCUAUACGGCCGGUACACCGAGCACACAGACAUCCCGCUGGGCAUCAGAGCCGAGGUGGCGGCCAUCUAUGAGCCCCCGCAGAGUGCGACCCAGAACAGUUUGGAACUGUUGGAGGAUCCCAAAGCUGCAGCUGUAGAUGAAAUUGCUGCCAAACUGGGGCUCUGCAAGGUGGGCUGGAUUUUCACUGAUCUGUUGUCUGAGGACACAAGGAUAGGAACUGUCCGCUACACGAGAAACCAGGACUCUUUUUACCUGAGUGCUGAGGAAUGCAUCACGUCCGGAUAUUUCCAGAACCAACACUCAAACCCCUGCAGGCUGUCUCGAGACGGGUACUUUGGAUCCAAGUUUGUGACCGUUGUUGCUACAGGUGGUCCAGAUAAUCAGGUCCACUUUGAAGGUUACCAGGUGUCCAAUCAGUGCAUGGCUCUUGUGAGAGACGAGUGUCUGCUGCCCUGCAAAGACGCUCCUGAGCUCGGCUACGCCAAGGAGUCCAGCCCUGAGCAGUACGUACCAGACGUCUUCUACAAGGACAAAGAUAAAUUUGGGAACGAUGUCACGUUUCUAGCGCGACCUCUUCCUGUGGAGUACCUUAUCAUAGAUAUAACCACAACUUUCCCAAAGGACCCUCAGUACACCUUCACCUCCACACAACGCUUCCCAAUUGAAAACCGUGACAUCCUUGGAGAGACACAAGAUUUCCACAGUUUAGCCACGUACCUGUCCCAGUGCUCCUCCGCGUCAUUCCUGGACAUCGUGUCAGACUUUCAUCUGCUCCUCUUCCUCGUCACCAACGAAGUCAUGCCUCUGAGGGACAGUAUUGGCCUUCUUCUGGAAGCAGUGAAGACGUCCAAUGAGGAGCUGGCACAGACCUGGAAGAAGUCUGAGCAAUGGGCCACCAUAGAGCAGCUUUGCAGCACGGUGGGCGGGCAGCCAUCCAGCUCUCUGGGUUACGAAGCCAUGGGCGGCCCCACGGCGCCGGUGUCCUCCUCAGCCAUGUGGUCCUGCCUCCACUGCACCUUCAUGAACCAGCCCGGCACAGAGCACUGUGAAAUCUGCAGCCUGCCCCGCAGUUAAGAACGUCCACCCUGAGAGUCCUAACUUCACCAGAUCCAGUUGCAAGAUUCAGACCCUCUCUUUCGUUAUUUUGUCCAACUCCCAGUGACGCCUUGGUCUUCCCCUUGUUGCUGAAGGCGCAGAAGGAUGCGUUUGUUUACAUCCACAAGUCUGAUAAAAAGAAAAAUUGAACCAGACAUGAUUUAAUCUUGUUUAUUAUCCCUCUUUUCAGCAGCUUUUAUCUGUUUUGGGCCUAAACUGUUAAAUAUUUCCCCUAAUAACUCAAAUAAAACCUGCUGUGAUGCAGGAGGACAGCAAAGAGCCCAACUUUCAGAUCUUUUUUCACAUCAGUGCCCCCCCCGCCCCUCUCUCUCUCUCUCUCUUUUUGCUCUCACAGUGACUUCUGGAAAAUCUUGCUGUGUAUAAAUACCUUUGAUGGAUGAUGCUGUUAUUUAAUUGAGUUUCUUUUUUUUAUUACCAGAUUAUAGCGUGUAACUUAAACUUUGAUUCUUCUGAUCGGACACUUUUACAGCUCUUGGUCUCUGGAAAGCCCUUUACAGUACAAUCACUCCUCAAAGCUUCGACCUCAUCAGGCCAUGAGCUGCUGAGUUUAUAGCUCUGAGUUUUAUAUUUUUGUGUUAAAUUUAGUCCCCAGUUUUAAGAAGCAGCCUCCAAUGAUUGCAGAAAGCAGAUCCGGUUCAUUUUAAAUGUAUUGGUUUUGAACUUGAGCAGCAGAACAUGUAGCUUAUUUAAUCGGUUGUUCUGAUAAAAACAUCCCGGGACACUUUCUAAUUUCAUUUCCAUUUGCUAUGGGGUGCUCUAGAAACAACUGGUGCUCACCUUCCUAGUAGAGCCGCCUCCUCUUCUUCUUUGUUUUUAUGCUCUAACCAUCACAGAGACUUCAAAGACUUUCCUCCACAGGAGGAAAGACCUGAAACUAUUGUCUCGGGUGUAAAUUUCCAAGAUGGAUUGUGAUGGUCAAGAAACACUGGCGUUUCAAAGCUACCAACUCUACUUCCAAUAAUAGACCUUCAGCAGACUUUGGGGAAAUCAAACCAUAAAAUUAAAACAUUAAAUGGCACCAAAAGGCCUCUCAAUCAGUUAUACGUCAGAGCUAUCGAAGAAUGCUUGUCUAAAGAAAACCUAAACGUUUUUCUGAACUGACAGUUUAACCUCUACCAGGUUAAGCAAAUGUUUAAAUGGUGGAUUUAUUCAAUCUAUGUUUUCUUCUUCUGCUCAGACAUAUUAUCUUGAUUGAGGAAGUGCAACAAAUUAAACGCUGCAAAAACACAAAAUCUGAUUUAAGUAUUUUUGAUAUAGUUCCUAGUGCAAACAUUUAGUACACUUGAAAUAACAUAAAACAUAAGUAACUUCUCAGCAAGAAAUAUGAGCUUGUGUCCAGUCAAUAAUUCCUUAAUGUUGAUUAAAAAGUGCUAGUUAUAAGUGAAAUAAGACAUUUUUUCCAUAAGUCAAAAAGUCUUGGUCCACCGUCAUAUAACAGUACUUUUUUAUAAAUAUUAAAACAUUAUUUAUUUAAGACAAUCUCUGAUAUUGUGCUGAAAAGUUACUUGUAAGUUAGUUUUAUUUUAAGUUUACUGAGAUAUUUGCACGAGAAAAUGAACCAGAAAUACUUGGUAAGAUUUUGUGUUUUUGCUGUAUCAGAUUAAAAGUAAAUUCAGCAGACAGACUAAUUCUCUUUUAAAAAUAUCAUAGCUAACUUUUUUUAACAUAUUCAGUUUGGGCAUUUGCGUCGAUUGAAAUUUGUUUCUUUUUCCUACAGACUUAACAACUUUGGGACCAAUAUGAGUGAGAUGAUUUUUUUUUUUUUAAAGUUGGCCACAGGUGCUCUUGAGCGUUUCAGGCUCACAUUGAGCUCAACUUCAACAUUUUGGUGUCCAUCUGUUCUUUUAAAGCCAUUUAAAGGGUAAACAAUAUGUGUGGAGUUAAAAAGUGCCUCUGUAAAAUAACAAAGAGAAGAUUAGAUGGAUUAUUUUCCGACAAACAAUCAGAUCACAGCAGUGCUAAACUAGCAGAAGCAUCCAGAAUCUCACUCAGUCCCUUUUUUCUCAACGAUUUUCAGGUUGGUUUGAUUUUCGUUCAUGAAUGUGUGCUGCGUCACUCCAGUAAAGAUCCAAACUGGGAAUGUUUUCAGUGAACCUCUCUCUAGCCCAGAGGGCGAGUCCCGAGCGGCUCAUGUUUACUAAUUUAUCAGAUGUGGGCUUAUCUGUAAACUUGCCCUCAUCAAUUAAGAGGAUACUUAUAGUUUUAGAUUAGUUUGAUGCUUUUUGCUCCUUUUGCCCCCUCGUGUGGAUUUAAUUUGGUGUGAUUGCUCUGAUGUCACACUAAGGCGGCUUUGACCUUUUUCCUUUUGUAUUAAUCUGGGGGCUGUUUGCUGAGCAAGCAAGCUCUUGGAGCUGCAGCCCGUCCUCACUUUCCACUGAGCUGACCGAGGACCCUGAAAGUUGUAUGCUGUUGACUUGGAUUUGAAGCAAAACAAUAAAAGAAACAAAGUACACAAUCAGAA